UCAACACAGUUCACCUCCACAUUUCUUCUUCCAUUUUACUCCAACGAGAUCGACCUUCUUCCGGCGAUGGCGGACCGUGACCGCGGGAGCUACAUGGGGCAGCACAUGGGGCACCAUCAGUACGGGCGCCCGGUUGGGGAGCAGAUGAAGGGGAUGCUGCCCGACAAGGGGCCGACGGCGUCGCAGGCGCUGACGGUGGCCACGCUGUUCCCGCUGGGCGGGCUGCUCCUGGUGCUGUCCGGGCUGGCCCUGGCCGGCUCCGUGGUGGGCCUGGCCGUGGCGGCGCCCGUGUUCCUGCUCUUCAGCCCGGUCCUGGUGCCAGCGGCCCUGACCAUCGGGCUGGCCGUGACGGGCUUCCUCACCUCGGGCGCGCUGGGCCUCGGCGGGCUCUCCUCGCUCACCUGCCUCGCCAACACGGCCCGCCAGGCAUUCCAGAGGACCCCCGACUAUGUGGAGGAGGCCCGCCGGAGGAUGGCCGAAGCGGCCGCGGCGGCGGGCCACAAGACGCAGCAGGCUGGGCAGGCCAUCCAGAGCAAAGCGCAUGAGGCUGGAGCUGGCGGCGGCGACCGCGGGGCCACCGGCGGCGGUGGUGCCACUGGCGGAGGAGGCGGCCAUGGCAACAAGGCGUCCUCGUAAGCAGAUCGACCGACCGACGGCGCGUGGGCAUGCGAGUGGAGCGGCAGGAGCGCGCGUAGCGGAAGUGUUCCUCGUUGAAUAAUUUUACAUGUGUGUUCGUAAGUGUCUUAGCUAGGUAACUUCGUCUCAGCCGGCGGCGAGAGAGUUGCGUGUGUCCAUGCGUGUCGUAUGAUGUGUUGUUCCCUACGUGUACCGCCUGAAGUCCCGAGUCCAGUGUUUUCUACCGGUUCAGUUCCGAGUUGUGAAUAAAGAGAGGCCAGGGGAGGUUGCAGACUUGCAGUGAA